UUUCUUUUGUCUUUAGAGUUUCGAUUAAUGGUUUAACUGUUUUUUAUUUUUGGGGUGAGGUUUGUAGGAACCGGCUCUUGCUUCUUGGGCAUUUUGACUUUUAAUAAACAACAUAUAUAAUCUGACUGCGGCCAAAGCCAAAUGAAAGAAAAAAAGGAAAAGAGAUGAAAAGAUUCCUCAACGAGGAAGGCAAACAAAAGAAAGCAAAUUAUACCCAACCAGAAAAAACACUGUUUAUCUCUUUCUUUCGGUUGCUUUUACUUUAUGGUGUGUAUAUUAUUAUUAUAUUAUAAAGGUCAGCAACCCAACAGAGUCUCUUCAGACAAGCCUCAACCCUUCACGGUCUCGCUCCUUUGACAUAGAAAUGCCAUUCUUUUUUGUUUCUUCUUUUCUUUUACUCAACCAGCGUUACGUGUGUUUUCACUUUCUUUUUUUGAUUAAAGUGCAAAUACAACAAACAAAAUUCUUGAGCUUUGAAACUUUGUUUUUGUUCACGGGACGGCCCGACCCAGAAUCCAAUGCACACUUCUCUCUCUCUCUCUCUCUGUUACCCUAUACUGACCCUGUCUUGUAGACUACCCUUCCUUGUAGAGUUGUAGAGCUAAAGAGUCAACUCAGUAGAUUUUGUUUUGCUUUAGCUGCUUUUUUUUCCUCUUUUCUUCUCUCUCCACUCGUGUGUGUGUGUGCGAGUAAUGUGAGCCUGUGACUGUGAGAGAGGCUUCACCUUCACUUUUGUUUUCGUAUGAGUAUAAAUCUUUGGUUCUGUUCUCUCUCGCUCUUAUGCCAUUCUAUUGUCAACGCUUGCAAAAAAGAAGUUUACUACCUGCCUUCUUCCUUCCCCUAAAGCCCAUUUACUUUCCCUCUCUUUGCUAUUGCUUUCCCUUUUGUUUUGUUUUUGGACUGUCUCCAUUUCAACUUUGUCCCUUUGUAUUAUCCCCCCAUAGCCCCCACUAAGCUUCACUCUACGCUUCCCUUUCAGCUUCAUAUCACCAGGUAAUUUUCUGAAAUAAUCUGCCAAUGGAGAAGGCUAAUGGCUGCAUUUCAAGGCCAUCUAGAAAGAGAAAGUUGCCACAAGAAGGCAACGAUGUGUUGAACUUCACCUUGGAUGAACUCAGUGACGACCUCCUUGAAAGGGUCCUUUCAUGGUUACCAACCUCGACGUUCUUUCGCCUCAAAUCGGUGUGCAAGAGAUGGAAAUCAGUUGCAGCUUCUGAAAGUUUUAAGCUAGCUUGUUCAAGGAUUCCUUCAAGGGAACCUUGGUUUUUCAUGGUGGAUCCCAACCUUAAUCAAUCCGUAGUCUUCGACUCUGCUGAGAGAAGUUGGAAGAAACUCAGUCAUCCGCCUCUCCUCUCGCAGAACUGUAACUGCAACUCCAUUCCGGUUGCAGCAGCUGGCGGACUCGUGUGUUUCCGCAAUAUGUCCGGCGAUUACUUCGUAUGCAAUCCCGUAACAGGAUCAUGUCGUGAACUCCCUCCGGUGAAUCCGGAUUCUCACGAUCGUUCCCUUCAUGCUAUAGCAAUGAAUGCAUAUUCCAAUUACCAUGGCUCCUACAAACUAUUCUUAGUCUUGGGUGAUCUUCCAAAGCUUUCAUACAAAGUUUAUAACUCUAGUGCUGAUUCCUGGGAAGAAGAGAUUAUGCUAAGGAGAAAAACUGAUGACUGCACAGGAUUCGAAUUCGAUUCGAAUGAUGAUGAUGACGCCGUGUACUUCCUUAGCAAAGCUGGAAACGUAGUUGCAACUAACAUGCAGAGAAGCCCCUCCAAGCAGUUUUCAUCAGUUAUUACUCAUAAAGAUGGUGAGGAGAUUGUUUAUUUCCUCAGCUCCUCCGGAACAGUUGUGGCUUGCAAUCUGACCCAGAAGCAUUUCUCCGAAUAUCCCAGGCUGUUGCCCCUCUUUUUGGAGUACUCCAUCGACGUGGUGGAGUGUAAAGGCGAGAUGUUGGUCGUCAUGUUAUCAGAGUUCUUCGAAAGUGCAAGCAUUAGAGUGUGGAGAUUUGAUGAGAAAACCAAGACUUGGAUUCAGAUUGCAGGCAUGCCUCCUUCGAUGUCACACGAGUUUUAUGGCAAGAAAGUUGACAUAAACUGUCUUGGGGCUGGCAACCAGAUAUUCAUCUGCUUAAGCUCUGCUGAGCUUUGCAGUUAUGUUAGGUGUGAUAUUGUGACUAAUGAAUGGGUUGAAGUUCCCAAAUGUUGUCUGAAUGGUGAAGCCAUGGAGUUCAUGUCGGCGUUCUCGUUCGAGCCAAGGAUUGAAGCUUCUGUAUGAACACAUGGUGUGGACUUUUGCUAUGUUUUGAAAGAUUUGAUAAUGCCGUCUGUGAUUCCUCUUUUUUUUCCUUAAUUUGUUUUGUACUUGUAUUCUUUUAGAGCAUUGAUUUUUUCUUCUCUUAUUUUAAUUGUUUAAGCAAAUUCAGCCCCUUUGCUGAUGUAUUAAUUAAUGAGAUAAUGUUACUUAUUAGAGUAUUGGUUGCCAUAGAUAAAA